UAAACAUUAGUUUAACCUCAAAACUCAAAACCCUUGCAGUCUUUUUCUCUUCUUGCGCCUCUCAUUCUUCCAUCCACGCUAUACAACUAAUUCCAAGAUUUUAUUUCUUCCAACCUAGAAAAGUUCUAAUGGCUGCUGUUCCUUCACAGAUGGAAAGAGAACAGAUAUUCUCUAUGGCAGAAAAAGAGAUGGAGUACAGAGUUGAAAUGUUUAACAAGCUUACGCAUACAUGCUUCAAGAAAUGCGUCGAGAACAAGUACAAGGACUCGGAGUUGAACAUGGGUGAAAAUAAUUGUAUUGACCGAUGUGUUUCGAAGUACUGGCAGGUGACUAACCUAGUGGGAACGCUUCUUGGGAACACUAAGCCCAUGUAACAUUUCCCGUUGUCUAUUUCACGGUGUUAGAAUAAUCUAUCAGGUAGAACCAAGAAGGAAGAAAUUGAUAAUCCGUUUCUUUAUUGCCAAGGAUGCUGCAUCUUGAACAAAUUCUACUAUAUUUAGAAAUUUAUUUCUUUUUUACUUCUUGACAGUAAAGACGAUCUGAACCAAUGUGUAAUGACUAUUGAUGAUUUUUUGUGAUACAAAAAGUCAAUUUCAGCUUUUGGCCAGAAUGUCA